UUCCCCAGAUCUCCGCCGCACACGCUCCUCCUCCGCUCCCCCUCCCCUCCGCUCCUCUCCCAAAUUUCAAAUUCUCCUACGCUCCCCUCCCAUUCCAUCCGCCUCCUCCCCGAAACCCUAACCGCCGCCGCUGCCAUGGGGGGCUCGCACAGCCGGGAGGACCACGACCUCUCCGACUCCGACGACGACGACACCUCCUCCCGCGCCUCCGACGCCUCCUCCGACUUCUCCACCCCUCCCCCCGCCUCCGCCUCCAAAGCCGCCAGAUUGGCGACCCCGGCCUCCGUCGUCGACGACAUCGACCACCACCUCCGCAACCUCCAACUCAAGUACUCCGAGCCCAUCUCCCCGAACCCUAGCCCCGCCCCCAACCCCGGCGCCUCCGCCUCCGCCUCCGCCUCCGCCGUCAAUGCGGUCAAGCUGUACCUCCACAUAGGCGGCUCCACGGCCGCCGCCCGCUGGGUGAACUCCGAGCGCCUCGCCGCCGUGUCCUUCGUCCGCUCAGGCGAGGGCGCCUCCGACCCCGACGAGGACGACGAGCCCACCGGGCCGUGGUUCCUCGUCGUGGGCUCCAAGAUCCGGGCCAAGGUCGGGCCCGAGCUGCAGCUCAAGACCUUCCCCGUGCAGCGGCGCGUCGACUUCGUGGCCGACGGCGUCUGGGCGCUCAAGUUCCUGCACGCCGACGGCUACGGCGACUUCAACGCCAAGUACCAGAGCUGCCUGUUCGAGAACAGCUACGGCGUCGAGGCCACCGACGAGGGCCGCGCCAAGGUGUUUGGAAAGGAGUUUGCUGCGUGGGCGCGCCCAGAGUGUGGCGAUGAGUCCAUCUGGGAGGACGCCAGUGAUGCUUUCUCGCCAGGCCCCAAGGGCAGCCCGAUGCCUGCACGGAGCCCGAUGCUGAGACCUCUGAUGGAGGAUUUCAGGGAAUUUGAGGAGCCUGUGGAGGAGGGUGAUGGUAACAUACAGAGCCUUGCGCUGGGUGCUCUUGACAACAGCUUCCUUGUUGGUGAUUCAGGCAUUCACGUGGUCAAGAACUUUGAGCACGGCAUACACGGGAAGGGUGUCUCUGUGAAGAUCUCUGGAGGGGGAACAAACUUCACCACACCAAAGAAAGCACUUCUGAUGCGUGCCGAGACUAACAUGCUCCUGAUGAGCCCAGCAACUGAUGGGAAGCCACAUGCCAAGGGGGUGCAUCAGCUUGACAUUGAGACAGGGAAGGUGGUCUCACAAUGGAAGUUCGGGAAGGAUGGAGCUGACAUUAACAUGAGGGAUAUCACUAAUGAUAGCAAGGGUGCACAGAUGGAUGCGUCUGAAUCCACAUUCCUGGGACUAGAUGACAACCGGUUGUGCCGGUGGGAUAUGAGGGAUAGACAUGGAAUAGUGCAGAACUUGGCUAGUUCAAUGGAGUCCCCAGUGUUGGAAUGGACCCAGGGGCAUCAGUUCUCCAGGGGAACAAACUUCCAGUGCUUUGCAUCAACUGGUGAUGGGUCCAUCGUGGUAGGCUCGUUGGAUGGGAAAAUUCGGUUGUACUCAAAGAGCUCUAUGAGGAUGGCGAAGACGGCCUUCCCAGGGCUGGGUUCACCAAUCACUCAUGUGGAUGUGACGUACGAUGGGAAGUGGAUACUGGGAACCACUGAUACCUAUCUGGUACUCAUAUGCACCAUUUUCAUUGACAAGGAUGGGAAGGAGAAGACAGGAUUUGGUGGAAGAAUGGGGAACCGAAUUGCUGCACCAAGACUGCUCAAGCUCAGCCCACUCCACUCUCAUCUUGCAGGGGACAACAGCAAGUUCCGUGAGGGCAGGUUUUCAUGGGUCACGGAUAAUGGCAAGCAGGAGAGGCAUCUCGUGACGACCGUGGGGAGGUACAGCGUGGUGUGGAACUUCCUCCAGGUGAAGAACAGCCACCACGAAUGCUACAAGAAUCAGGAGGGGCUCAAGAGUUGCUACUGCUACAAAGUGAUCCCCAAGGACGAGUCCAUCGUGGCCAGUCGCUUCAUGCACGAGAAGUACGACGUGAGCGACUGCCCCGAGGCGCCGCUGGUUGUCGCGACACCCAUGAAGGUCACCUCCUUCAGCGUGUCUAGCCAGCGCUAGCUCCGCGCUCCCCCCUCUCAGUGUUCUUUUUUUCAGUUGGGCUGUUGGUCUCCGUGCUGUCAUGUAACUUCUUGACCUGCGGAUCUGGACUUCCAAGUGUGGUGAUGACUAUCUAUCUUAGUCAUAGCUUGUUACAGGAUUUAUGAUUAUGUGGAUUGCUAGCAAAACUAUCUUACGGAGUGAUGAUUUGUACUGGCUAGAUUGAUUGUGAACUUCUUUGAACGAAGGAAUGAAUUUCAACUCUGCAAA